AUGGUGCAAGGUCCUGCUGCUUUCGUCAAAUGCCGUUCAAGUGAUACAGAAAUCAUCGUUGAUCUUGGAUAUUCAGUUCAUAAAGGCGUUUUUAAUGCCUCGAAUGAAUACUACAGUUUCAAGAACAUUCGGUAUGGCGAGCCACCUGUUGGAGCCCUGCGAUGGAACCCACCAAUCGCACCCCGAACAAUCAACAGAACCCUUGAUGAUGGUGGAGUGCAACGAAUCUGUCCCCAAGCCUACCCCCGCUGGCUGCUGCAGCCCCGAGCGGAAGCGGCAGGGAUACCAGUAGAAACGAUGGUGGAUUUCCUCAUGAACGACCAGCGCGUGAGUGAGGAUUGCUUAUUCCUCGACGUCCACGUUCCUUCGGCUAUACUUGCACAAAAGGGCGAAAAGGGCUCCGGUGCUGCUGUAAUGGUUUGGAUUCAUGGAGGUGGCUACGAUAUUGGAUUCAAGGACCAAGCGCCGUUUGACUCUCCUGCAGGUUUACUAGCCCGUUCUCAGUUCGAUGAUCAAGAGGGAAUCAUCUUUAUCUCUAUAAACUAUAGACUGGGUAUGUUUGGUUUUCUUUAUAACGACGGGGCCGACAUGAUUGGCAAUGCUGCCUUCUGGGAUCAGAGGCUCGCGCUUGAAUGGGUCCAAAAGUACGCCCAUCUCUUCGGCGGAGACAGACAUCGCAUCACCAUCAUUGGAGAAUCUGCAGGCGGUGGUAGCGUGUUGCAUCAAGUUACUGCCUUUGGCGGGAGAGGAAAAGCACCCUUCGCCGCGGCGAUUUCUCAGAGCCCCGCGAUUCCCAUUACCGCAAAUACAUCGGAAAUUUGGCAGACCACUAUCGCGGAGGCUUCGCGGAUAACUGCUGGAAAAAUUACGACAGUGCAACAACUCCGUCAGUUGAACUCGUCAGCGUUGAUGCAGAUCAACCAGGCGGCAGUUUUCGGCAGUGGUUAUGGUCUCUUCACGUAUGGUCCAUUAGUCGAUCGGUUGUUUGUGCCAGCUCUUCCCGGGGUUCUUCUCUUAAACGGCCAAUUUUAUCACGACGUGAAGAUUAUGACGGGAUACAACAAGAAUGAAUCCGGGAUGUUCAUCCCUACUAUACGCACAAACGAGGACCUGUCGUCUUUCCUUCAGGUUAGCUAUCCCAUGUCAGAUUCGGCACGAGAUUUCGUCCUGUCGGAACUAUACCCCAACAUCCUAGAUGGAACCUAUGGCUACACCACGCAAGCCGAGCGCACAAGGAUUCUGAUUGACGACAUGGUCUUCACAUGCAACACGCGGUUUCUCGCGGCUGCAUUCCAGAAUGAAACCUAUGGUUACAGAUUCGAAUACCCACCGGGGUUACAUGGCCAGGACCUUGCAUGGACUUUCUUUAAGGGCGAUGACCCGGCAGUGUUGCCGGAACUCGCCAUCGCGAUGCAGCGCUACUUGACGAACUUUGCCAUGACAGGGACUCCAAAUGGUGAAGUGGCAGAAGACUUACCAAGCUUCCCUCUGUACGGCGAACAGGCAAAUUUGGCUAUUUUUGGAAUCGAUGGGGUUAGUAUUGCCCAAGACGCCACUAAUCAUGCGAAAUGUGAUUUUUGGCAGAAGGGGGUCUUCUGA